CGCUUCUCUGUUCUCCGCCAUUUUGUAAGGGUAUAAGAAAAGUCAGCCAGGCUACAGACUUGUUGGUCUAACUUGGGUAGCUAGUUCCGUGUUGUGCAAUGGACGGCCGUCUAGAGACUGAUUUGUAUCCUAUGGGAUCUACUUACGUCACUGAAUUAGACAGUGUCCACGAUAUAACAGUUGGUACAAAGAGAGGAUCAGACGAGCUAUUCUCCUGCGUGGCAAACGGACCCUAUAUAAUGACCAGCGCAGCAGCCAAUGGCAACGACAGCAAGAAGUUCAAAGGUGACAUAAGGGGCCCGGGCAUCCCGUCGCGUGUCAUCCAUGUGCGCAAGCUCCCCAACGACAUCAACGAGGCCGAGGUCAUCUCCCUGGGCCUGCCCUUUGGCAAAGUCACCAACCUGCUCAUGCUCAAAGGAAAAAACCAGGCCUUCAUAGAGAUGAACACAGAGGAUGCAGCUCAGACCAUGGUCAGCUACUACUCCUCGGUGACGCCGGUCAUCCGCAACCACCCCAUCUUCAUGCAGUACUCCAACCACAAGGAGCUCAAGACGGACAACUCCCCCAACCAAGUGAGAGCCCAGGCGGCACUGCAGGCAGUGAACGCAGUCCAGGCAGGGGGCAUGCCCAUGGCAGGGGGCAUGCCCAUGGCAGGGGGCAUGCCCAUGGCAGGGGGCAUGCCCAUGGCAGGGGUGGAUGCCUCAGGGGGCAUGGGCGGGCACAGCCCUGUGCUGCGCGUUAUAGUGGAGAACCUGUUCUACCCAGUCACCCUGGACGUGCUGCACCAGAUCUUCUCUAAGCUCGGCACAGUUCUGAAGAUUAUCACCUUUACCAAAAACAACCAGUUCCAGGCCCUGCUGCAGUACUCGGACGGUCUGACCGCACAGCACGCUAAACUGUCUUUAGAUGGGCAGAACAUCUACAAUGCCUGCUGCACCCUCCGCAUCAACUUCUCCAAGCUGACCAGCCUGAACGUGAAGUACAACAACGACAAAAGCCGCGACUACACGCGGCCUGACCUGCCCACGGGAGACAGCCAGCCCUCCAUCGACCACCAGGCCAUGGCUGCAGCCUUCGGUGAGUACUAUGGUGCUCCCGGGAUCAUCUCAGCCAACCCAUACGCAGGAGCUCAUGCCUUCCCCCCGGCAUUCGCCAUUCAGCAAGCUACAGGCCUGACGAUGCACGGUGUCCCUGGAGGCCUGGCUCAACUGACCAUGCCUGUGGCUGCAGCCGCGGCGGCUGCAGGCAGAAUGGGCUUCCACCAACUCUCCGGUGGCCACUGUGUCAUGCUGGUCAGCAACCUCAACCCAGAGAGAGUUACGCCCCAAUGCCUCUUUAUUCUUUUCGGUGUAUAUGGUGACGUGAUGAGAGUGAAGAUCCUGUUCAACAAGAAGGAGAACGCUCUGAUCCAGAUGUCUGAUGGGACUCAGGCGCAGCUAGCAAUGAGCCACCUAAAUGGCCAGAGGCUCCACGGGAAAGCGCUGCGUGUCACCCUGUCCAAACACACCAAUGUCCAGCUGCCCCGCGAGGGCCAUGAGGACCAGGGCCUGACAAAGGACUACAGCAACUCACCCCUGCACCGCUUUAAGAAGCCCGGCUCCAAGAACUACUCUAACAUAUUCCCUCCCUCAGCCACCCUGCACCUCUCAAACAUCCCUCCCUCUGUGGUUGAGGAUGACCUCAAGAUGCUGUUUGCGAGCUCCGGUGCAAUGGUCAAGGCCUUCAAGUUCUUCCAGAAAGACCGCAAGAUGGCCUUGGUCCAGAUGAGCUCAGUUGAGGAGGCCAUAGAGUCCCUCAUCGAGUUCCACAAUCACGACCUGGGUGAGAACCACCACCUGAGGGUCUCCUUCUCCAAAUCUACCAUCUGAGGGGUGCAGCCCAAAACACUACUGCUAAUGGGUCGCCCACAUCCCUUCACGGCCUCUACUAUGUCAAGUUGUGGGGAAGCGACUCUUCAGUCGUGAAGUAGCAUCCAACACAGCAAUCACUUCCAUCAUUCCUAGUAUAUUUAUAUACGCAUAUCUACAUAUGUCGACCUAUAAACCAUAUGGAAAAGAAACGUGAACACCCGAUUUUACUGGGUAAAAAAAGAAAAGUUUUAUAUUUCUAGCAUCUUGCCUUUGCGAGGUAAAUGCAUUCCUUGCUCUCUGUACCGACAGAAGUAGUUUACACUUGCCUGUCUAAGUCUGAUUUAAGAGAUUGGCGUAGCCUAAACUUCAGUCUUUUGGUCAAUUCCAUUUGCCCUUGGGUUCCAACACCACUAGGUUCUGAGGUACUUCUGUGAUGCCUCAUAUCCUCUCUGCCUUCAGAUGUUUUCUGUGCCUUAUUCCAGAAGUCUUAUGUCCUUCAAUUUGAUAUGUUGGCAUUUUACAGCCAAAACAAAAUUUAGCUUAUCUUCCCCUCCCCAAUCCUUGCUUGCGAAGACCAGGUUUACAGCUGAUAUGGGUUUACCGUUUGUAUAAAAUGUAUUACGUGGUUCAUCCCCCCCCAAUGUAUUAUGAAGGUUUUCUUUUUAGUCUUAUUUUAAAAGUAAGAAGAGCUAGUUAGUUGAAGAUUAAAUCCACAACUCAUUAUCUAGCUUUUUUAUUUUUUAAAUAUGUAAACCCCUUGUACCAGGGUUUGUGAUUAUUAGUCUUGUUUACUCUAUGUCUAGAUGUAGGUUUGCAUUUUUUAUGAAAUUUAUGCAAUACGUUUUGUACAAAUCCAGUAUUGUACACAUUGUUAUUCCUAUAUACUGUUGGUUGUAGCUUAUAGGUAUUGGUCAGUGGUUGCCUUAACGACUGUGCCUUAGCAAAAGGUCUUACUAGAAAUGUCUUUGUAUGGCUUACAAUGUCUUAUGAUUUUUGUCUUAAUGGCUUGCCUCUCCUGAUGCAGUGGCUGUCAAUUUAGUAUAUUUAUACAAUUUUGUGAUACACUACAGCAUAAAACCAAAUAAGGCCUUUUUGCAAGUUAUUUUAGCGAACCUGUAUACACAGCUUUAUUCAUAAUGCACUGCCACAGAGUUGUGGUAGUCUGCCUGCCCAUUAUAGCACAUUUUACAAGGCUCUUACGGGGAUCAGACAGAAGCGGACUAUUGUGACUCUGCUGCUGUGAAUUAUAAAAUAAACUUAAGAAUUGGAAGCUUCUCUCAGUUGCAUGCCAAGAUGAAUGAUGGUUAUUUGAUAUUUACAUGUGGGGUUAGUAACCUUUUAUUGUACAGGGCUGUGACUUUACUUUAAUGCAGUCAUUGCUAACGGCAAUACGGCACCCUCUUUCAUGUAGUCUAUGGACUGGACUUGUGGAUCUGGACAACGUUCAUCUUAAAUUGAGAUCCAUUUUGCGUUUUUGGGGAAGUGCCUUUCGAAUGAAGCCUUUUUUUGGUCUGUUUAUACACAUAUGUUUACGUAAUGAACGUAUGUUCCUGCCUUAAGUGCCCUCGGGCUCAUAGGAAAUGCACACAUCUGGCAUAAAUGUAAAGGUCUGCAGUGAUUCUGGGCGCUUGCUACAGUGAAGGUGGACACUUUGUUGUAGAUCACAUUUUAAAAGGUAAUUAUCAGUCUUAAUACUUGGACAUUCCACAUGUGCAUCAUUUUAUAUUGGCCAAAUGUUGAGGUUCUUUUCUCACAAUUGUCCAUCAAGUUCCUUAUUUUAAAUUGGUGCAAAGCAAUAGAAUUUCAGGGUCAUGUGAGGAACCACAGUGCUCAGACAUUGUUCGAUCACUAGUUUUCUUGAACACCAGUUUAUUACAUGCUAACCUAUUCAUAAUUGGAUUCUAGCAAUGCAGAAGAAUGACAAUUUGUUUGUAGCUUACUCAAGAUGUGACACUUGUCUCCAUAUCAAUAUGUAGCAUGUAUUGCUAUUAAAGGUAUUUUACUUGCUUUGCAUACCCCAGGCCAGGAGUGGAUUUCCCAAUUAUGCAAAAUUGCACAGCAUUUAAAGUCAUUACAACCGCGAUCACUUAACAUUAAGAUGGCAGGAUUUCUUCAAGUGAGGUGAUUGUCUGGGGGGUGAAAAGCGGUAUAUUCUUUUUUUUUUAUGUACCACAAAGUAGGUAUUCUGAAAAGAUAGGCUUUAUAUCUAUGAAACAUGUAUAUUUUGAUUACAAUUAGCUUGGGACCUUUUCUCUUGGGCCCCUCAGUAAAGAAAACAAACAUCACAAUUAAAUUGUUAGAAAACAAACAAAAUGGGUCCCUUUUGGUCAUUAGUGUUCCGUGUAGCUUAAACUUUUUAAUUGUGCCUUCAAUAAAUAUUUUCACUGCU